UUACGUUGCCCGUCUCGUCGUCUUCUUCCUCUCUCCUCCCCCAAACCGCUCAACAUUAGCAAACCCUUCUCCAAACUGAACUCUCCGCUCCUCCGCAGCCCGCACCGCGCUUCAACUACCGCACGCUUGCAGCACCGCCAUGCUUAACCACCAUCCCGUGAUUCAUAGCCCCUAGACCCGCAUCCCGAAUUUCGCCAUGGCGGCGUUGGAGCGGGAGGCCGCCCUCCUCGCCCGCGUGGCCGCGAACCACCUCUUCCUCGCGCAGUUCGAGCCCAUGCGCGCGGCUCUCCUCAGCCUCCGCCGCCGCGCUGACCCCGAUCUCGCCGCAGACUUCCUCCGCGCGGUCGUCGCUUCGGGGGGCCGCGUCCCCGGCGUGCUCUGGUCGGCUCCUCCCGCCUGCCCCUCCCCCUCCCACCUCGCCUGGCUCGCCGCGCUUGAGCUUGCUGCCCUCCCUUCCACUCCCAACCCCGAGGCUCUCCGCCUCAAAGCUGAGUUCCUCAUCCUUCUCCAGCCCAUAGCUGAUUACCCCACCACCGGCGCCGAGGCCCAGGGGACGCUCGCGAAGCUGCUGGAUUUGGGGGUGGUGAGGCUGAAGCGUGAGGUUGACGGACAAGGUAAAGCGGGGGUCGGUGCCGAGGAGGUCCCUGUCUCUGAGGAGGAUCUGAGGGGGCUCUCGACGGUGGUCCUCGAUAAUGCGGAACUGUUUGAUGCACUGUGCGUGGGCGUUUCGAGGCAGAUCGGAUUGGACGGGGGUUUUGGUGCAAAUGUGCUCCUGUGGCUGCGACGCAGUGUGCAGCUCGCCCACUUGGAUGCGGUUAAGGCGCUUGUCAUGGCUGGUGAUGUCGAAAGUGCCAUCGGACAUCUCCGUUUCCUCUGCCUGGAGAAUGGUGUAGAGGAAGACGAGUAUAAGGUUGUCCUAGGAGAUCUUGUCAGAAAGUGUUGGGAAAGGGCAUCAAAUUAUUCUGGAACAUGGUUCGAGUCACGUAAUAGGAUAACUAAAAUGUAUGGAGCAACUCUUCAGUCUAGCAGUCCCCAGCUUGUUCAACUGAUUCAGAUCAUUCUGGAUGGCAUCCUUUCUGAAGAAUUUGAAGAUCACAGCGUCUCUGAUGCUCAUUGGAUGCCUCUUCCUUUCAAAAAGUUUAUUGAAACAUUUUGGUUGGAGAGGGAUGCUGAUUCAGAUGACAGGACCAUCUUGACUGCAGCUAUAACAUCCUGCAAGAAAGAUUUGUACCAUUAUUCUCGACUCUCUGGAAAACAUGUCCUUGAAGUUGUCAUGGAAACUGCUCUAUCUUUAAUUAAGAGAGAACAACUUCAAGAAGCUGUUAAUGUUGUCUCGUUAUUUCCUCUUCUCCAGCCAUUGGUUGCUGUCUUGGGUUGGGAUAUUCUGAAGGGUAAAACAUCUCUGCGGAGAAAGCUAAUGCAGUUGUUCUGGACAAGCAAAUCCCAAACUCUGCGACUACAAGAGUAUUCACAUUACCGUACACACACAGAUGAGACAUCCUGCGAAGAGUACUUGUGCGAUCUUUUAUGCUUUCAUCUGGAUCUUGCAUGCUUCGUUUCCAGCGUGAAUUCUGGGCACCCUUGGAGUUUGAGGAAUUCAUUAUUGUUCUCCCAACAAGAGAAAGAUUCAGAUGUUAGUGCCGAGACAUUGGACCCCUUUGUUGAGAACAUGAUACUUGAGCGGUUAGCUGUUCAGACUCCCAUGAGAGUACUGUUUGAUGUGGUCCCAGGAAUAAAAUUUCAAGAUGCAAUUGAGCUUAUUGGUAUGCAGCCACUUUCUUCAACAACUGCAGCUUCAAAGAGGAUGCACGACAUUGAGCUGAUGCACAUGCGAUAUGCUCUUCAGUCAGUUGCCUUUGCUUUAGGAGAGAUGGAGAAGUGUGCAGGUCAUGGGAAUGAGCACCACUAUCAAAUGGCUUUGUCAUAUUUAAAAGAGAUGCAAAAUUUUAUGGACGCUAUAAAAAAUACUCCACGGAAGAUUUUCAUGGUCGGCAUUGUAUUGUCAUUGUUGCAUAUGGACGACAGCAUCAAAUUGUCGCAAGCAGCCCCUUCAGAUAGUUCUGUUCGUCAUGAUUACUAUGAUAGUAUUACCGAACCUGAAGGGAAGAACAUGGUGAUAUCUUUUGUUGGGCUUCUGCUUGACAUACUUCGUCAUAAUGUCCAAUUAAAAGGCUCUGGUAUUGAUCAGCUGUCAAGUACUGGUCCAUUGCCUGCUGGCAGACAAGCAUUAGAAUGGAGACUCAAACAUGCCAAACAUUCCAUUGAAGACUUGGAUUGGCGUCUAUCUGUUCUACAACGCCUUCCACCUCUGUCUGGGCAACAAUGGAGUUGGAAGGAGGCAUUAGUAGUUUUACGUGCUGCUCCCUCAAAAUUAUUGAACGUAUGCAUGCAAAGGGCAAACUACGGUAUAGGAGAGGAAGCGGUACAGCGGUUUUCUUUGCCUGCUGAGGAUAAAGCUUCUCUUGAACUAGCUGAAUGGGUAGCUGGUGCAUAUAAUAGAGCACUGGUUGAGGAUGCUGUAAACCGUGCCACCGACAACACAAGUGCUGCACAGGAAUCAGAUAUUUUGUCAUUUCGUGCUCAGCUUGGUCCUCUAACUACGAUUCUGCUUUGCAUUGAUGUUGCUGCAACUUCUGCUAGGUCAGGAGAGAUGUGUCGAUUUCUUCUUGAUGAAGCCACAAGUUUGUUGUCUGAAAUAUUUCCAGGAAGCUCCCCAAAAAUAGGCCCCGCUUAUUGGGAUCAGAUUCAAGAAGUUGCUAUCAUAUCAGUGAUAAAGCGCAUCCUUCAGCGGCUGAGUGGCAUCUUAGAUCUGGAUGGUCAUCCAUAUCUUCAAGUAGUUUUUACAGAAGUUAGUGCCUCUUUGUCAACUGAAUCUAGCAGAGUUGGGCAAAAGCAACGUCCACUUGGACUCCUGCAUCAGAUGAUUGAUGAUGCCUUCAAAGGAAAGCGGCAGUUCUUGAAUGGUAAGCUCCACAAUGUUGCGAGAGCUAUUGUUGAUGAGGAUUCUGAUAAAACUUAUUCGAAAGAAGGUGCCAAGUUAGAAAAGAAAGAUGUUUUGAUAUCUGAAAAGGCUGUAGUCCUUGGCUAUGGACUCAGAAUCCUGAAACAAGCAUCUAGAACUGACCCAACGGCUUCAAGUGUUCCUGAAAGCAGUCAAGAACCCAAAGGUUCUACGAACAGAUACUUGGGUCCUGUAUCUACCAAGCCAUCAACAUACUUAUCAAACUUCAUAAUAUACAUUGCUACAAUUGGUGAUAUAGUUGAUGGAACUGACACAACUCAUGAUUUCAACUACUUCUCAUUAGUAUAUGAACGGCCAAAAGAUCUUUUGACUCGGUUAGUUUUUGAGCAUGGAAGUACUGAUGCGGCUGCAAAGGUAGCUGACACAAUGGGUGUUGAUUUUGUCCACGAGAUAAUAUCAGCCUGCGUGCCACCAGUUCUUCCUCCACGAACAGGACAAGGAUGGGCUUGCAUUCCUAUUUUAACUACCCUUUCUAAUAUUAUUUCGGAAAACAGAUCAACAGUCCCAAAGCCCCUCCCUGCUGAUCAAGGAUGGAGUCCACAUGACUCAUCAUUGUCUUCUCGUCGGGGGCCCCUCUACCCUCUUCAGUUAAAUUUAGUGAAGCAUUUGGCCCAAUUAUCAUCAGUAAGAGCAGUUUUGGCAUGUGUUUUUGGAAGUAGCAUACUAUCUGGUGACAAUGAAUCAUCUCCUACUUAUGUGAAAGAUGCAAUGCAAGCCCCUGAAGUUGAGAGGUCAUUCUAUGAAUUUGCUCUCGAGCAAUCAGAGAGAUAUCCAACCUUGAACCGGUGGAUACAGAUGCAGUCUAACCUUCACCGGGUUUGUGAGUCUUCUGUGGCAGUUCAGACUGAAAAUGAAGGUGCCUUGUAUCAAUCCAAAGGAAAAUUUUCUAUGAAGCGAGCUCGUGAACCUGACAGUGAUGCUGAAUCUGAGCUUGAAGAUGUUGUCAUACAUGGAAAUGCCGCUUCAAGUAGACCAGAAUCUCCUAAACGUGAUGAUGCUAAACUAGAGCCAACAGCUUUUAUUUCAUUUGACUGGGAGAAUGAAGGACCAUAUGAGAAAGCUGUCGAGAGGCUAAUUAAUGAAGGAAAACUAACUGAUGCUCUUGCUGUAUCUGACCGCUGUUUGCGCAAUGGAGCAUCGGAUAAAUUGCUUCAGUUGCUUAUUGAUCAAAGGGAAGAAAGAAGUUUAGGCACAGGACAAUUCCGCGCAUAUGGAUCUCAUAUUUUGGGGAGUAAUACUUGGCAGUAUUGCUUGAGACUGAGAGAUAAAAAGCUUGCAGCUCAGCUUGCUCUGAAGUACCUACACAAUUGGGACCUUGAUGCUGCAACUAAUGUUCUAACUAUGUGCAUCUGCCACUUACCUGAGAAUGAUCCGAUGCGGAGUAAGAUAACGACCAAAGUUAUAUCUCCGGGACUGCCCAAUGCCCAUAUCCAAAACGUCAUGUAUUUUGGAACAGAGGAGUAUGUACAAUUCCAGCACCCAUGCUCGAUUGCUCUUCAACUCGAACCUAGGGUGCUACACAUGAAGCAAUCUCUUCAGCGGUAUGGUCAUAUUAUGAGUGCUGAUGACCAUUAUGCUACAUGGCAAGAGGUUGAAGUUGAUUGCGAAGAUGAUCCAGAGGGCUUAGCACUUAGGCUUGCUGCCAAAGGAGCUGUGUCUGCUGCUUUGCAGGUCGCUGAAAGUGCCUCUUUGUCAAUUGAUCUGCGGAGGGAACUGCAAGGUCGCCAGCUGGUCAAACUUCUAACCACCGAUCCACUUAAUGGUGGAGGCCCAGCCGCGGCUUCACGAUUUCUAUCAUCCUUACGAGAUUCCAAUGACGCUCUUCCUGUUGCUAUUGGUGCUAUGAAGUUAUUACCUGACUUGCGCUCAAAGCAGCUCCUAGUGCACUUUUUUCUCAAACGUACAGUUGGGAAUUUGUCCGAUGCUGAGAUUGCUAGACUUAAUUCAUGGGCAUUAGGUCUCCGUGUUCUUUCCUUAUUGCCACUACCGUCACAACAGCGAUGCUCUUCUCUGCAUGAACAUCCUCAGUUGAUUCUGGAAGUACUACUGAUGAUGAAGCAACUACAGUCCGCUUCUUUGGUUUUGAAAGAAUUUCCAUCCCUAAGGGAUGACAAAUUGAUUCUUUCUUAUGCUACAAAAGCAAUCUCAGUCAAUGUUAAUUCUACCAUUAGGGAACCUCGACUAGCCAUCUCUGGGUCAAGAGCAAAACAAAAAAAGGCUGCCGCGCCAGCUAAAACAAAUUUUGUGCAAAGUUUUGGUAACUUUCAGAGAGAGGCACGCAAAGCAUUCUCAUGGGUGCCCCGUGAUGGUGGCACCAAAACUCCCCCAAAAGACAUUCCCCGGAAAAGAAAGAGUUCAGGCUCAGGAGGUGAUAGAUCCUCUUGGGAAGCGAUGCCUGGUGUACAGGAGGAGCGGACUCCUGUAUACCCUUCUGAGGGACAAGAUAGAAUUCCUUUUGUUUCUGCUCCUGAGGAGUGGGUGCUUACUGGAGACCCUGAUAGGGAUAAUACAACUCGUUCUUGUCAUAGAUAUGAAUCCUCUCCGGAUAUCACCCUAUUCAAGGCAUUGCUUUCACUGUGCAACGAUGAAUCAGUAGCUGGAAAAGGGGCACUUGAACUGUGUAUUAGUCAGAUGAAAGUUGUACUAAGCUCCCUACAAUUGCCUCUUAAUGCAUCUAUGGACAACAUAGCCCGGGCUUAUCAUGCGACGGAAACUUAUGUGCAGGCACUCUCUUAUGCAAAAAAUCUACUAAAAAGGAUCGUGGGAAAUAGUGAUUUUUCAAGUGGCUCUGAAAGAAGUAGAGAUGCUGACGAUGUUUCUGUGGACGCUAGCAGUUCUGGCACUGGGAGCCAAUACCAAGAUGAGCUUUCUGAUCUUCUGGCUCAAGCAGAUACGUGGUUAGGGCGUGCAGAACUUCUUCAAAGCCUGCUGGGAUCAGGUAUUAUUGCCUCACUUGAUGAUAUCGCGAACAAAGAAUCUUCAACUAGUCUACGUGACAGGCUAGUUGACGAUGAGCGAUACAGCAUGGCUGUAUAUACUUGUAAGAAGUGCAAGAUUGAUGCUUUCCCAGUGUGGGUUGCAUGGGGCCAUGCUUUAGUUCGAAUGGAACACUAUGCUCAAGCCCGUGUGAAAUUUAAGCAAGCUCUUCAACAGUACAAAGGUGAUGCACCUGCUGUUGUCCUUGAUAUCAUUAACACAAUUGAAGGAGGUCCUCCUGUCGAUGUUUCUUCUGUACGCUCUAUGUAUGAACACUUGGCAAAAAGUGCAGCAACUAUCUUUGAUGAUUCCCUCUCUGCUGAUUCUUAUCUUAAUGUCCUAUAUAUGCCAUCCACAUUUCCACGAUCUGAGAGGUCCAGGCAAUCUAGAGAUUCUGCAGAUAGCCAAUUUUCAUCUGCUAGCUCAUACCUUGAAGAUGGUCCUCGCAGCAAUCUUGAUAGUGUCCGAUAUGCAGAGUGUAUUCAUUACUUGCAAGAAUAUGCUCGCCCGCAAAUGCUUGCUUUCAUGUUCAGGCAUGGUCAUUAUGCUGAUGCAUGCUCUCUAUUCUUUCCGUCCAAUCAACCAACCGCAGAAGGGGAAACAUCUUUGUCAUCAAAUCUACGAAGUGAUCCUCUAACAACUGAAUAUGGGACAAUUGAUGACUUGUGUGAUCUUUGUCUUGGAUAUGGUGCUAUGUCUAUUUUGGAGGAUACAAUAUUGGCAAUAACUCAAUCGCCGUCGUAUCGUGACACAACUGUGAUUCAAUACAUGAAUGCUGUUCUCACUCGCAUUUGUAACUAUUGUGAGACACAUCGACACUUUAAUUAUCUCUACAACUUUCUGGUUCUAAAAGGUGACCAUGUUGCUUCUGGCCUUUGCUGUAUUCAAUUAUUCGUGAAUUCAAUGUCUCAAGAGGAAUCUCUGAAGCAUUUAGGACAUGCCAAGACACAUUUUGAGGAAGCCUUAUCUGUACGAGAUAGAACAAUUGAGGCUACAAAGUUGGUAUCAAGGACUGCUCGUAACAAGAGCGCAUCGGAAAAAUUGACUAGAGAGAUGAUAAUGAAAUUUUCUACUCGGGUUUCCUAUCAGAUGGAUGUAGUGAAGGCCCUCAACAGUGUAGAUGGUCCUCAGUGGAAAACCUCUCUUUUUGGGAAUCCAACUGACCCUGAAACUCUGAGGCGGAGGUGCAUGGUUGUCGAAACUCUUGCUGAAAAACAUUUUGAUUUAGCUUUUAGAAUGCUUCACGAGUUUGAUCUUCCAGUUGUUGAUAUUUAUGCCGGUGUAGCAGCAUCCCUCGCAGAGAGGAAAAAAGGUGGCCAAUUAACGGAGUUCUUGAAGAACAUAAGAGGGACCAUAGAGGAUGAUGAAUGGGAUCAGGUUCUUGGUGCUUCUAUAAAUGUUUAUGCUAACAAGCAUAAAGAAAGGCCAGAUCGACUUAUUGACAUGCUAAUCAGUAAUCACAGGAAAGUACUUGCUUGUGUUGUUUGUGGCCGUCUAAAAAGUGCAUUCCAAAUAGCCUCACGAAGUGGAAGUGUAGCUGAUGUUCAAUAUGUUGCCCAUCAGGCUUUACAUGCAAAUGCAUUACCAGUUCUUGAUAUGUGCAAACAAUGGCUGGCUCAGUACAUGUAAUUCCAAGCGUUCUGACCCCAUGGAUGCCGAGGGAGCAUUUAGAUCAGAGCCCCAAAAGAACAGGUGGACACAAAUGAACUCUUAUCUGGGCAUAGUCGGGCUAACAAUGGCUGGCUCAGUACAUGUAAUUCCAAGCGUUCUGACCCCAUGGAUGCCGAGGGAGCAUUUAGAUCAGAGCCCCAAAAGAACAGGUGGACACAAAUGAACUCUUAUCUGGGCAUAGUCGGGCUAACGCAGGGAGCAAAUUUUGACUAGACCCAAGAAAGGCAAUGCAGGUGUGUACCAUGCCCGCAAGCCCAUGAGUCACACCCAGGUGUUUUUGUAUAUAUAUUUGUGUGUCUCUGGAUGCAUUCGGACAUGAAAGUGCAUGCAUGUGCUUGAUCCGUGGUGUAAUAAAUCUGUUCAUUUCAUUGCCUCCAUGCUGUGUGAUGAACAAAAGUGCAUGCAUGUGCUUUAUAGUCACCGGUUCUUGUAGUCAUCUUGGUUAAUCCUAAUCUCUGAGCCUUUGGUUGCUUAUAUGUCCCAGUAGCGUAAGUAAAUCUCGAUGCACAUUUGUAUAGCAAAAUAGUGUACAUGCAAAGUGCUCUUUUUAAGUGGCAGAUGUGAACUCAUUAUUUCAACCUUGUAUAUGUGGACGCAGGCUUGGAGCCCUUAUACUAGUUCUCCAGAUAAGAAUAAAGGGUGAUCUGUGCUGUGA